AUGUGUAAUGACACAGAAAUCAAACAUCGGAAGGGGGAAACGAUAAUCACUACUACCAACAGAAUAAGGGUUUUAACAGCAAUACAGCCAAUGCUUGCAGGGCUUGAUACGAGCAUGAAUCGCACAGAGAAUAUCAGCAGAAGCAGAGCGUCAGUAGGUAGGAUUCCAAAGCAUAGAAGGAGUAAAGAUGGACAGAAUAUGCGGUGUCGGAUUGGGGGUAGACAAAAUGAGCGGUCUUAUAGGGAUAGCAUACCCAGGCAAGGCGUACUGAUAGAUGAAACAUUGGAUCAUUUGGCAAUGCAACAAGGAACCAAUGGAAUUUUCUAUAUAAUAGAACUUACUGCACCAAAUGGAGCUGCGGGGGAUGUUUCUAUGCUUAGAUACGGUGAGGAAGAGCCGCAGACUGGGACUGGGGGAAAUAUGACGGGAAAUCAGCAUAACUGCUAUAGUUAA